AUGGCUUCUAUAGUGGUCAUUGUCAGCACCCCCACUGUCAUUCUAGAGGACGUGGCUUCAUCAGACCUCUGGAUAUGGCAUGCCAAUUUUGGCAUCCCCGGAUCGUGCAAUGACAUCAACGUGUUGCACCGCUCUCACUUGUUUGAUGACCUGGCUCAAGGUAAUGCCCCUCCUGUUAACUUCAGCGUCAAUGGAAAAUCAUAUGACAUGGGUUACUACCUUGCUGAUGGUAUAUACCCUGAGUGGGCUACCCUUGUGAAGGGCGUGCAUUGUCCUAUAACUGAAGAGCAAAAAUUCUUUACACUCAAGCAAACAGAGUGCAGAAAAGAUGUUGAAAGGGCAUUUGGUGUACUUCAAGCUAGGUACAGGAUUGUUGCCCAGCCAGCUCGGCUUUGGAAACCAAGUGUGCUCAAAUCCGUCAUGGAAUGUUGCAUAAUUCUUCACAACAUGACCAUCGAAGAUGAGAGGGAGUUCCCACUUCCAAGGUGGGAGGACUAUGAUGACGCUACCGAUCCUAACCUUGGCAUAGGAAGAAAUAUUCCCCCCAUAGAGGAGUUGAUAGCAAGGCACAAGCUCAUCCAAAGCAAAACAACGCACCAUCGACUUCGUGAUGAUUUGGUGGAGCAUGUGUAG